AUGUCUCAAGGAUUCAAGGAAGCAGCAUUUUCUGAAAGCUGUCUCUAUGCGGUUUUUUUGUCCCCGGCAAAAGACAGCUCAUGGAGUAAGAGCAUGGAACAGGCCUUGUUCGACUCCAGCGAGUCGGACGCGUUCCGCAACUGUCUUCUACCUCCUUCUUUUACUUCGCCUGUUGCCCAAGAGACGCAUACUCUGAUACACCUCAGUGCCCCAUACAGUGUAUCGAUUGCACGGCGCACGAGCACACGCGACUGGCACUCGAGAACGUCACACAUUGAAAGAGAAACAGAAAAAUACAUCCCGCUCCUAUCAGAAACGAAGGCGUGUUGGGGGACAAAGGUGCGCGAAAUGGUCAGCCCGCGGUGCCGAAAACGCAGGACAGAGGAGUUGGAGCAAAACCACGGGACGACAAAGCAAAAGCGAGAGCGUGAAGGCGAAUGCCUUGGAUCCAUUGUACGGCAGACACAUGGGCACAGGCACAGCAGCACACAAUACAAGAGGCGUAGACAGAGGCGCACAAGGCACAACGAGCUCCACAUGAACGAUGCAGGGGGCCGCGAUGGGUGA